UUACACUAGUAUUGAUUAUCGUGAACAAGGAAGUAAAACACUAUACUGUUGAAAGGGAGGACAAUUAGACGAGUUCUUUGAAAACAAUCUCUAUCACACAAGAUAACAUUGUCAGAAACAAUCCAAUGGUACAAUUCUAAAGGAAUACUGAAAAUAAUGUGUUAGUAUAAAAGGCAACCAUCUUCAAAUGCGGAUAUUUUGAAAACGAUAGGGUACGCGUUAUAAGGUUGACGGUUUAUGUUCAUAUAAAAUGGCCAAACCUUAUGUGCCAUUUGAUUUCCAUGCGGUAAAACCGAAACAUGGACAGACAUUUUAUGAAGCAUUGUUCGAACAAUUUGUUAAACAGUGGUAUGUAAUGAAGAAAAAUGCAGGAGCAGCCCUUUAUGAAAAAAUAGGCAAGGAGGUUGAUCUUUUGACUGGCAAAAAGAAAAAAGAAAAGGCUGAAGGGAGUAGGAAGCCAUCAAAUACAUAUUCCACUGAGGCUGAAGAGGUACGGCGUCUUGCUUCAGAACAAACUCAUGCGAGAAGGCAAAAUACAUUGAAACAAGACGAAUCUUUGGCAACGAAAAUUAGCCUUUUAGAAAGCGAAAACGCCAAGUUAAGAAACAAGACUAUAAAGAAACGGGAAGAAAUUGCAUCGUUGGAUUAUGACUGGAGAGAUGCCUUAGACCACAUUGAACAGUUGAAGAAGCAAGUUGCCAAUCUGCGAGAUCAGAACAAUGACUUAUCUACAAGGCUGAGCAAAUUAGCAGGAGAUAAAUUAAGGGAUGGGAAUCCAGAUAUCGCUGAUCUAAGCGACCCAAAUAGACCAACACAACUUGGAAAGGAAUUCUCUGAACUGUACGAUAAUGAGUGGUCCGACGCGUUUGAGGAACUGACAAGGAAAGACGAAGAGAAAAUAAACGCAUUGCAUGUGAUUAUGAAGGAUUCCUUCAAGACGGCUUGCGACGAAUUGAGUGAACAGGAUUUGACUAUAAAAUCUAUUCUCCUAAACGAUAGAGAAACGACAGAAACCAUCCCUUCUUCAAAGUGCAGACAAAACGUCCAUAAUGUGCUUAAAGAUACUAGAAAGUCGAUGUCAACUUUGUCUGGUGAAAACUUUGCAAAGAAAUACGUAGCAAAAAGAUUUCGGGAUCUAUGCAAGGUAUCUUUUGGUCUAUCGGAUCCUGGUCCUAAUUUGAUGCAAUUUUCCGCCAAAUGCGCAAAACUUGGAUGGCUCAUGAAUGUUUGCGAUCCACCGAUGGCUGUUUGCGACGGAAAAGCGGGCGAUGAGUUUAAACCCGACUUGUACAAGGCAUACACAAAGUCGGAGAAGGGAAUGAAGAAACCAGUUGUAGAAUUCAUUGUGUGGCCAGCUUUACAUCUGCAUGAGGGUGGUCCACUGGUGUCUAAAGGAAUAUCCCAGCCAAUUGAAAAGCAUAAAUAAACAAUUAUUUACGAAUAAUGGUUUUCUCGUACAGACUUGAACACUUACUAGUAUUUUAAACAAGUGAUCGCUGUACAAUUUUAAAUCAGGAUGUUGUACAUAUAAUCAUAAUCAUGAAUGCACAUUCGACGGUUGAUAUGAAAUACGCCGACCUUUGUAAUUACUAAUCAUUUUGAAUGCAUAGCCUGAUGAAAUUCAUAUCUCGACUUUAAAAUGAUGACAUCAUAUUUUCAUUAUUUAAAAUCGUUUUUAUGCCAAUUUAACGGGAUAUACGUCUUCUUGCAGAGCACGACAAAAUACGUCAUAUUUAGGCAAAUAUAUUUCAUAUAAUAUUUGACUAUUUGUAAGCGCAUUCGUUAGUGCACUCGAUUUUCGUUUAAGUUACCCGAGUUCGAUUCCAGGCCUUGGCGCAUGUGAAUUAGGUUUGUGGUCACAAAAGCGAAAAAGUGGGUUUACUCCGGAUAAUCGGGUUUCCCCUCCAACACAAGCCCACACUCUCGCUUACAAUCAUGUAAACGAGAGUGAUUGCUAUAAUGUUGUAAAAACUUGUUUCACAAUCGCUGUCAAAAGAAUAUGUUUAAAAGAAUGAGACUGUUAUCAGUGUUGUAUAGAUAAGAACGAGAAUGUCUAGAAAGAGAAUACUUUACAAAGUAAUUCAACUUGAUGUUGUUAUUUUAUCGACAGAGGUGUCGAAGAGAAAAUAACACAAAAAAACUUUCAUUGCUCUUCUAUGUUUUAAAUAAAAGCAUGAACACAAAUAUGGGUUACGUAAACAUGCAAUAAUUGUUAAGGAUUUGUUGGAUUGCAUUGUUUUGUAAAUAUAUAUUGAAAAGCUUACACAUUCAAAUGCAACAGUAAUUACACAUUCAAAGCUUCAUUAUUUCUUGCAAGUAACCCGUCUUUUUCUGUCGCAAUUGAUAACAAGGUUAACGCUUUUGAAUUGGUAUUUAUCAUCAACGAUCAUCUUAAAUGUAGUAGAACUUCUCCUUUGUCCAUUUGCUUUCCAUUUACGGCAGAGAGAUUUAGACAGCAGUCUCUACUGUCAAUUACGGUUUGCUCUGGGUGGCAACCCUUUAAAGAGUUUAACUCAUUAUUUCCCGAUAAAAUGCAUCACCUGAAGCUAUAUUUUGCAACAUCUUACCAUAAUGCUAUUGUCUAAGUCGCAUUUAAGAAUAAGGCACAAAAGACUUCUUGAACUAGAUGGUACUGUAACAUUUAAUUGCAUUCAUGUCUUUAAAUUACUUAGGCUUAGUGCAAGUACACAUUUUGUUGUUUCAAGUUCCGACUUUGACUAAAAUAUCAUCAUAAGUUUUCUUUUAAAGUAAUUCGAGUAAAUUUGUUAACAUCUCAUUCAUUAUUUUAAUUAGUCAUUUUUCACACCAAUUAUCAGUGAGAACACAGGAUCACGUCAAUUGAUGCACUUGAAGAAUAUAAUGAUGCGUAUUGGUCUGUAAGGACAAUUCAUUGUUGAAAUACAUAAAACGUCGCGAAAAUAUGUUUUCAAGUUGGAUACAAUAAAUAGUAUCAAGUGACACGACAGACUGAGAGAGAAAUGAUAUAGGAUUUACCUUCAUAAUCGUGAAUCAUGAAAAUGAUUUUGAAUAAGAAACAACUGAUACCAGUUUUCUUUUGCCGUUAACGCAGAUCCUUCGACGCCAAAAUAAAGUUUGUAAUAUCAUUGAAUAAAACUUGAGACCAGAUUGUCAUUUGGUUUGAAACAAAAUCUGAUUUGUAUUCUUGUCGUCGUAAAGCAAUAUUUGGAAAGUAUUUUAUAUCAAUGCGUUUUAAGUAUUUUAGAAUUAUUUAAAGAUUUUUUUUCCAUCGUGCAACACAUCCCAAACAAAGAACGCGGAGAUAAAAGUGUCUGUCAGAGUGCUAUCAGAGUAGUGUCCAGUUGUGCAUCGACUUUUUCUUGUCAGCUGCCAUCAGGCCAAUGUGCGCUA